UUUCACUGACGUCCGACAUUGAUUUGUAUUUUGUGUACAUUAGUACAGUAAACCAGCAGUAAACAGUAUAUAUCUCAACUCGAACUUUAAUUCUUAAUAAACUUAUAGGUUACACGAGUUAGUUAUUUGAAAACGGUUAUAGAAUCAAGAUUUGAUACUUCAAUAUUUUAAAAUCGACAGCGGUAUAAUUUGUAAAAUGUCAAAUAAUGGGGAAGAACCAGCUAUAUUGGCUCAGCAAUGUUAUUUAAAAAAAGACUAUGCAGCGGCGCUUCAACAUCUUAGUGAAUUAGAAAAUCUUGUUAGUAAUAAUACUGUUCUCCUCAAGCGUGUACAACAUAAUAAAGCAGUGGUUGAAUUUGCUGCGUCUGAUAUGAAAAAUAUUGAAAACUUUAAAACAUGUAUGUCUGAUUGUGCCGGUGUUGACUUCCCAGAUGAAGAAGUUACUGAAAUAUCAUCUCCUUUUGCGUUAUAUAACUAUGCAGUAAUAUUAUAUCAUUAUCGAUAUUACUACCAAAGUGUAGUAAUACUUGAGAAAUUAUUGGCCUCAAAGGUUAUUAAGGAUAAAAAGUUACUACAUUAUGUAAUAUUACUCCUGUUAGAAUGCACACUUUGCAGACGCACUUACGAAAAAACACAAGAAAUUGCAAAUGCUUAUGGUGACAGCUUUAAAUCAAAUAAUGAAUUUAGUCAUUUGUAUCAACGUCUCAUAAGCAGAGCACAAGUGUUUCUUGGACAAAAAGUUCAUCUAAAGGCGGACUCAAUAGAGAAUGUUUUAAUAGUGGCACAACAACAGUAUCUCAAUGGUAAUGUUAAUGAUUCUUGUAACACAAUAAGUUUGUAUACAUCAUUAGAGUGCCAUUAUGAUGUCAGAAAUGAAGGUGAAGAUGUUUGGGCUGCAUUAAACAAUAAUCUUGGAGUUAUCUACUUGUCAUUAAAAAAACCUUACUUGGCAAGAAAGUACUUCCAAAAUGCAUUAAAAGAACAUUUUAAAAAUUUAGAAAGUGAUGAUGGUGACAGGCUUAUUAUUUGUAAAGAUCAUCCAAUUUAUGUCUAUAAUCUUGGGUUAGCACUACAUGCCACUAAGAACAUUGAAGGAGCAUUUGAGUGUCUAGUGGAAGCUGCAAGACAUUACCCAAACAAUCCACAAAUCUGGGUUAGACUAGCAGAGUGUUGUAUUAAGAAGUGUUGCAGUGAAGAAGUCCAAAAGUUCAUUGUAAAAAAACUUGGUAACGGCUCUCAUACAAGAGUCCUCGUUGCAAAAGAAAAAGAGAAAUAUUCAUUAGCUGGAGAAUCAUAUGCUAUACCAUCACUUUCUCUCGAGUUUGCAGCACUUUGCUUAAGAAAUGCUGUAACAUUGUUACUUAAUCAAGAAUCUCCCACAGAUGAAACACAUCCUUUCAUUCAGGCACCUCCUGGGCCUCCUAUUAACUGGAAACAAAGAUGUGAAUUAAAGAAUUCAAUACAUGUACUACAGAGUUAUGUUUACUUGCAUCUUCAAGAUCCUCUUGCUGCUUUAGUCAGUGCCAAUGAAUUGUUAAGUGAAAGUGAUGCUUCAAAUGGUCAUAAAACUUGGGCUCAUAUCUAUGCUGCUGAAGCAUUGAUUAUACUGGACAAGACAGUAGAAGCAAUAGAGCAUUUAAAGCCAACAAUGAUUCAUGAACUAGUAUCUGGUCUUACUGAUCAAACCAGAGACAUAAUUGGUCUAGCAGUAUGGGCUAAAGCCGCUGUGUGUAAUAUAUUACGUGGAGAUCUACUACAGGCAAGAAAAAUCCUCCAGCAAAUAAAUUCUUCCAAAGUUUUGCCAUUACAAAUGUAUGUAGAAAUUUGCUUAGGAUGUGUAGAAAACUGUCAUACAUUACUGCGGAAAAUACGAUAUUCUCACAUAUCUCAAUAACUAUACACAAACAUUAUCAAUUAUUCAUUAACUUCCCAUAUAAAGUAUUUUCAGCUAUACCUAAAUGCUGAAAAUUCAACAUGCUUAAUAGCCAAAUAUAAGGCUGAAGUAUUCAGUCUAUGAUGCUUAAUGUCAUUUAUUUAAAUUAAUAUGUUACUUAGAUUUGAUUCUGAUUUUUCAGUCAUAAUAUAGUCUAUUGUUAAAUCUAAUCUAUAUAUGACAGAAGUUGAAUGUAAA